AUGUUGCGAUUUGCUGGCCUGGCUUUGGCUGCUGUGGCCAUUGCAAUCCGCCGGGAUGUAGAGAUACCCGACUGGGGGCCGCUCAAGGCGCGUUGGAAGCAGCUGGGGGGUGCGCAUUUAAGCGAUGUGGUGGAAACGUACAAAGCUCAGACGCCGCCUCCUCGUGGGGAUUUCCGGAAGACCCUGCGUUACGGCCGGAAGCUCAGGAAGUUGACAAGCAGUUUGCUGGGUUGGUCGGUCAUUCGUGCUGUGGAGCAAGGCAGCUUCACCGUGCUUUGGCUGCCAGAUGACAAAGCAGGUGUGCUCUACACAGUGGGCAUGGGGCCCUGCAUUGGCAUUGCCAUCCGGACCGCUAGCAACGGCGGUUGGGCCGUCGCGUUGGCGCAUGCUGACUCGAGCACAGACGUGGCUGAGGCCAUCCGAGCGAUGACGGCAGCCGUUAAAGUGCUGAGCCCAGACCAGGUCAUGAACAUGAGCCUGACCCUAAUGGGAGGCCGUGUUUCUGCGGAAGGUCAGAUCAAGAAGCAAUUUGCCAGCAUUUUGGAAGGCAACUUGCUCAGCGAGUUCCAAGAGAAGUCGGAAAUGUGCACACUGCUUGGGCCGAGUGCAGCUGGCAUGGUGACAGGAGGCCUUGUGUCCACAUCAAGUUUGUCGUUGCUGAAUUCCACGGGCGUGCCAGUCGCCUGCGCGGAAGAGCUGAUGCAACAGUUGAAUGUGCCAGACACCAGCACCAAUGACAUACUUGGCUUGGGUGGGCGUGUCUCCACCCAUCCACUUCCGAGAUUCCAGUGA